GUUCACCUUUUCAUUUUUCUUGUAGCUGAAUGACUGCUGACAAUCAUCAAAGUGAACAAACACGCAGAGGUAAAACAUAAAUCUCACAAGUGGAAAGAUGCGAAGGGAAAACGGUGCAGACCUCCCGUCAGUUCCUCUAAUGUAAACUCUAGCCCUGUGGUGAUCAGCAUGGUGAAGGAGCACCAGGAGUCUGUAAGGAAAAAACCAUCUGUCAAGAGGCUGAAAAAUAAAGUGAAGUCUGUCUCUAACUUCAAGUAUGGCUGGACAACUGAGGAUGUCCGGAGAGCAUCACAAAAGAAGCUGUUAAAAAGCAUAACGACAAAUUCAUCCAUCAUCCUGCUGGAACCCAUCGAGACACCUAUGACACGGUUUCUUUCCAGUGUUCCAGAUCUCAGCGAAUUGUUCAACCUCCCCAUGACUGAACUCAUGUCAGCUGUUCUUGACACUCCACUCAAUGGUUUGGGUAUGAUUCCUCUCGACAGCAACAUUGAAAGGCUGAAAAUGUCGAAGAGCUACAGACAUGCUCUUAACACAGUAGUCAGUGUGUGCAAAGGAGACAUAGAUGGCUGUCCUGUUAUCCUGGUGUGCGGGACCAAGAAUGUUGGAAAGUCAACAUUUAUCCGCGUGCUCAUUAACACCUUGCUGAAUUACACUGCUAGUGUCGAAUAUUUGGAAGGUGACCUCGGUCAAACUGAAUUCACCCCUGCUGGUUGCCUGUCUCUCCUCACUGUCAGAGAACCCCUUUUAAGUCCUCCUUUCACACAUCAGCAGACUCCAGACCACAUGAUCUACUACGGUCAGUCAUCAUGCGACUCAUACCUGGAUCGAUAUUUGGAAUGUCUUAAGUCCUUAUGGUGCAGAAGAUCCCAGACCAGAGAGGCUCCGAUUAUUAUCAACACGGGCUGGGUCAAAGGAUUUAGAUUCCAGCUGCUGGUUCACAUGAUCCGCUUCUUCCCAGUUUCCCAUGUUGUCCAGCUGAGUCACAGUGGUUUCAGUCAUUGCCCCGCCCUCACUCCAGACUUUCUGAGGACGACCGCUCUGGAUGAGUUUACAGAAAGCCACAGCCACCCUAGAAUGUACAGUCACAUUAGCAUACAAGCGGAGUUUCAAGGAGUUGGGAGUCAAGGAACAGCGAAACACCAGCGUAGUAAUGAGCAGAGGGAUCUAUCUCUCCUGGCCUAUCUGAGUCAGCUGCAGUAUCCAGACCCUGGACCAGUCAGACCUCUGCACAGCCUCACACCAUACCAGGUUCCACACACAGCGAUUGCGUUAGGUGUUACCCACGGCGACAUGGUGCCCUCGCACAUGUUCCACGCUUCAAACGGUAGUCUGGUAGGACUCUGCUGCCUGGCAGAAAAAGUAGCAAGCAAGGGAGGUCCAGUCUUUCUUUCCCAGGCACCCAUCUGCCCAUGUGUGGGAUUUGGGGUCCUCCGAGGUAUUGACAUGGCACGGGGUCUGUACUUCCUGCUGACGCCUGUAGAUCCGUCAGUUCUCCGUGAAGUCAACUGUCUCCUCUUUGGAGCAAUUUCAGUGCCGUCAUGUGUCCUCACAACACAGCCACCACCAAGCACCUGUUACUACAUAGGUGAAGUGCAGGAGCUGACCUUUGACCAGCCGCAGGUCCACACGCUGUUCUAUGGCAGUUUUCACAAGAUAUUGCUGAUACUCAUCAUUGAAGGAAUGGCCAGGUACUUUUCUUGCUUGCUUACUUUGUUUUUGAUAAUAACAUGUACUAAUGUUAUGUCACCAUCUGCUACCGAAAGUGUUGGUUCUACAAAAAAUGAACAAACAAACAAAACAACACAACCCCACCAUCACCACCUGGAUGACAAAUAUUUUCCUAAACUAAAGAGCAGGAACAGUGGCUUACUGGUUCAAAUAACAAAUAGUCCAGAAUAUACCCUUUUUUUGUGACUCAUCUUUGGAAACUGCUGCUACUACUGCUUUGACUGGUACACAGUUCAAGUGAAGGCUCAAAAGGACCUGUUUACAUUAGCAUAAAAACUAUAACCCUUUUUUCAUGUUUAUUCUUGUUUUUAAAUCCUUGCGAUUGUGAUUUUCAAUUUUGAUCUUGUCAAUUUCGUCAAACAUUUUCAUAAAAGUGUUAUGAAGAGUUGUUCCAUGUAGUAUGACGGAAAACAUUCCGACCGUAUUAUAGACCAAUAAACUAAAUAAACAGACUGUUUUUUGUUAGUACUCUGACUUUGUGAGGCAGUACAGGUAUUCUUACCACUGCGGCUGAGUCCUGGUCCCUCUGCCUUGAGAAGGAUCCACUUUGACCCUGAACGGUGUCAUUGGAAUAGCCUAAACCCAAACAGCCUUUGU